AUGGCACCACUCGGCCCUCCACUCACAGAACAAGAGACCCAACUGAUCGAGGCCUACCAACGGAUCCUGAACGACCCUUUUGAGGACAAGUACGAGGACAGAUGGCAGGACGAACCAUUCGACAGGGCGAUCGAGGAAUUCAAGGCCAGGGCACUCGAAAUCGGAUUUGCCGAACCCCUCGAUCUCCUCAAGCGGUUCCGCGUCGAGUCCUACGACGCUGUCCGACAACAGCACAAACAGGGACCCCCGCCCUGUUUCCGUCCAGGGUGGAAGAGUGAUCUCUUGGGACAGCUGAUCGAUCCCGUCGCCCUUGUCGCCAAAUGUCAUUAUGUCUCGGGACCCAAGUUCACGGGCGAAGGGAGAGUCAUCGUGCUGGAUUUCUGGGCUUCAUGGUGUGACCCUUGUAUUCAGGCAGGACCGGAACUAUCAGAUCUUGCGGACGAAUUCGAAGGCCGGAUUUCGGUUGUGGGCAUCAACAACGAGAGUAUCUUUGGAGAGACAAAUCCAGGAAAUGUGGACAAGUUGAACGAGUUUUUGGACGACCACCGGGAAGGAUUCCGAUACACCAUCUACAUCGACAACGACGAGGGCCAUGCAAAAGAAACUGUUUACAACCCAGGAGGAUAUCGUGGUAUCCCUUGCGUGAUACUGCUGGUGGACGGCAUUGUCACUUAUGUGGGCACGCCGCAGGAGAACUUCAGACCCGUUCUCGAGCAGACAUUAGACUUUCUCGAAACCGGAGCGCGUCGGGAAGAGUAA